CUGUACAAUUGUAGGUUCUUAGACCUUCCCAAAACAACACACACGAGCGAAACCGUUCGUUCACUUCUCCACUUGCACGCCUCGUUUCGACUCGGAGCCCAUAUUAAGAAUCGGCUAUAUUGCCUUGGGCUAUGGCAGACAACUACAUUUGCGUUGAUCCAUUGUCGACCAAGCCUAUCGACUGUUGGAGGAAAUAUGUCAGACAAGGACGAACUCGAUACGCCAGUAUUCGACAAUAAAGUCAGAUUUGUAUGCAUCUCCGAUACACAUGAAAAAUUGGACGAAUUUCUGCCGAUGAUCCCCGAUGGUGAUGUGCUUAUCCAUGCAGGAGAUUUCACAAAUUAUGGUGAUCUUGGAGAAGUCAUCAAGUUUAAUGCAGAAAUCGGCAAACUCCCUCAUAAACAUAAAAUAGUAAUCGCUGGAAACCAUGAAUUGGGAUUCGAAGAUGGUGAAGAGAUGAACGAUAAACAACUCGCCGGCUUAAAUAUGCUCGGUAUCAACAAAGCAUACGAGUUGCUCAGCAACUGUACAUACCUCUGCGAUCGUGCCAUAGAGGUUUGUUUGCUUUGCAUUGUUUCUCAUGCUUAUAUUAGGUACAUGAUAGCUCAUUAGCU